AUGGUUGCUCAAAAUGCAGUUCGUAUUCCACGCGACACGCUAAACGUACGCCUUCACAAUGUUCUCCACGCCUUUGCCGUCGUGGAGAGGGAAGACGUGUUCAAGAAGACUCCUUGCCCAGCCUUCUUGAUGUUUGAGAAUGCCGCCUACCUGGCUGACAUGAGCUUUGAGCUACCGUGCAACUGUAAACCAGAAGAGGUGCCCUCUGUGGUCUGGUACUUCCAGAAGAGCAUGGGCAGUCGGCAGACGAGAGUCCUGACAGAUUUUGGUGGCAAAUUGAUUGUGGACUCCAGCUUCAUCAAGGUGGGCAGUGACAUGCUCCGGCGCUUCAGCAUUCGGAUGUUCAGUCUCAUUGUUUUCCGAGUUCAAGUGGAAGAUUCAGGGCACUACAUCUGUGGCACAAAACAAGGGGACUUCUUCUACGGCUACGAUGUAGACGUGCAGGCAUCCAAGGGUUUGGAAGUGGCCUUCGAGGACAGAAAUCAGCACCCACAGAAAGACCAAGUUGAAACCCAAUUCAUGGUCUUCACUGUCUUCUGGGACUGGACCACAUGUGACCGUUGCGAUGUCAGAGGGGAGCAGCGGAGGAUUGGCCUUUGCCACGUGAGGAGCGCCUACCUGCUCAGGCGAUACCACACUUCCACAGCCGAGGUUGCCUCUUGUGGCUCUCACUCCAUCCCAAAGCAGUUCCAGGGUAUCAUCCAGCACAGGCAGCCGGAGAUAGUUAUCCGAAGCUGCACGAAGCCCUGCGGGAAGAAAAAAUCCUCAACCGAGGGGGAAACGUCCAUCUCUGAUGUCAUCUCAAAACUCGGGGAAAAGCCGUGGGUUCCCAAUGUGCCCAUUCAGUUCCACAAGCAAUCUCUCAGCAGUGGAUUGGUUAUCUCCUGCCCUGGUGCCCGGCCGGAGCAUGCUGUGGCCUGGGACAAAGAUACGACUCGGCUGUAUCUCACCAGAUACCUCACUGGGAUCAAUCGGAGCAUGAGGGUUUUCAUAGACCAUGGAAACCACCUGCACAUUCGGUUUGCCCAGCUGAGUGACAGGGGCACUUACUACUGCUGGCGAGAGGGGCAGAUGGUGGCUGGUUUCCGGCUCUCUGUGGUGUACGAGAGCCGCCGCAGACGCAGCCUGGAUGAUCCUGAGACGCUGUAUGCUGUCAAAGUCAUCCUGACAAGCUACGUCCUCAUUACCCUCGUGUUUCUUGUCCUCCAGGUGGUUCGUUGCUGCCUUUACGCCUUCAGGUGCACAGCUGUGGAUUAA